UAAAAAGAUCAGUGAAAGCAAAAAAUCAAAAUCUUUCAAAUCCCUCUUUCACCUCACAACGGACAACUCUGUGUCCGCACUCCGCUGCUAGCGAGGUGAGUGGCCGAUUAGGGCUUUCAGUUUCUAUUUCUUACCGAUCCAUUGCCUCAAAUAACCUGCCGGCGGCUGAAAAUGAGGAAAACAACCCGUCAAUCGAAGCAUUCCGGCGAAGCCGAUGUCUCGUCAUCCUCAGUCACAUCGGCUACGGACAGUAAAGACUACGAAAAGAGAAUUCGCGAGCUCACGCGUGAAAAUGAAGCGUUUCAGAAGGAAAUUAAGGAUCUAAAAGACAAACUAGAAGUCGCUACAUCAAGUGCUGCAAAUAGUGCUAAAAAGAUCAGAGAAGGUUAUAUUCAGAAGUUGGAUGUCCUUGAAGAUCAGGUUACAGAACUGAAGAAGAAACUAGAUGUUCAAUCUCAGCUUUCAACCAGAAGGCAAAGAGGCGAUGAAGCAACGAAACACUCAGAUCUUGAGAUCAUGAGUUUGAAGGCACAGAAGGUUCAACUGCAAUGUAAGAUGAAGCUAGAGUCUGUGCAGUUCAGAUUAUAUAAAGGUUCAUUGGAAAAGGAAAUACUUCAGCUUAAGAGAGAAAACAGAAGAAAUGAGCAUGAGAUGAAUAAGCUCAUAACUUCAAACCAGAGACUGAAGAUGGUUUUGCAACGGAAGACCGAGGAAGCUUCUGAAGUUAUGAAAAGGAUGCGAAACCUAUUGGAAUCUAGAAGGACUUCUGCACAAAGAAGAGCAGGUGGAGGUGCUAAACAUAGAAACAUUACUUCUACGCAGUAUGUUGAGAAUGAAUUUGAAGUCACAGCGAGGUUACAUGAGUUAUGUUCCCAGUAUGAGCAUCAAAUAGAAGAGAAGGAUAAGGAGAUUGCUAAACUUCAGGAAGAAGCAGAUGUGCUGAAGCAAGAAAGAUCAGGGUACCCAUCACAGGAGACUGAUGUCAACAUAUUGGAGAACAAUCAAGAUAUGAACGAACUAAAGGAACAAAUGGUGGUAUUGAGUAGUUUGUUUAACCAAAUGCAAAUUCAGAAGGUCAACAAGACUCACAAGGAUACAUCAAAGGACGAUUCCGCUCAAACCUCUGCUAGCGUUGGCAGUAAUAAUCUAUUCGAGCAAUUCGAUACAGCUGGAGAAGAUCAGCAAGGGUUCGACGUUGUGACAAAGAGAACUGCAAAGGCAGAAUGCUGCUCUUGCAGUAAGAAGUCACUGUGCAAGACAACGAAGUGCAAAUGCCGAUCAACUGGAAGAAGCUGUGGCACAUUAUGUGGCUGUGCGCUUGGAAAGUGCACCAAUAGGAGCAAUAGAGAUGAGAAACCGGGUGAGAUGAUUAACGUAUUUGGGCCACCAAUGAAGCCUUUAUCUGACAUAAAAAAUGUUUUGACCACUCAGAUAUAAUGUAACAAGCCAAAGACUCAAAGGCGUGGGGAGGCUACAUUUCCAGUUUCUUGCUGUUGAUUCGUCCAUCCACCUUCUCUCUGUUAAGUAUACAAAACUAAAACGACAAAAGAACUGCACAGAAGACCGUUCUUUUCUGAAGUUGCACCAAUAGAAAAUGAGAAAAUUCUUCUCAUCUCAAAGUUUGGUGCUAAUUCUAAAAAAUGAGUACUGAUUUUCAUCGUCUUAGAUUGACGAAACGAUACCAUUUGCUUUGAUGCAAAAUGCUGCAUGAUGAUAAAUCUUUUAGAGUUGAUUUUUUCUUUUUUCUUAACCCUCAAGGUUGGUCGAUUCUUUUGGUUUUUCUUUUUUCUUAACCCUCAAGGUUGGUCGAUUCUUUUGGUUUCCUCAAUUGAUACGAGAAAGGCUGUAUCUAGUCCUAUCAACUUGUUUAAAUUUUAAUCUGUAAUGCUACAGGGGAGGCGGGAAUUUGGUCAGGGUGCAGCACUUUUGCUUGAAUAAAAAUUUGCUGUUUAUUAACCCCUAAAAUACAUUUUCAUUUAUUAUAUGAUUUCCCAUCCAAAUUUGUAUUU